GUCAGUACUGUACAAAGAUUAGAGCGACAGAUUGGAUUGAAAUGAAGAGAAGCACAGUGAAGAAACCUCAGGCUCGACGCAAAGAUCCUGACUCUGUGACUGUUUACAGUGCCGACAGUGGAGUCACAUUUUGAAAAGAGUGAAACUAUGUCUGCAGAGACGGGUGUUGGUGGUGUUCCUCAGCUCUCAUCAGUGUGGCUCUUCACUAAAUUAAUCUACCUCCUCUCAAUGACUUUGAAAAUUUAAAUAAGGUGACAACUGAGCUGUUCUGCAAAGUCUGGCACCCAGGAGGAGGAGCACUGAUGCUAAUGCAGCGAUGCUAUUUAUAACUGUUACAGAGUUAGGGGCGGGGUUGUGCUGAGUGAUGGCUCCAGUGCAUCAUGACCCACUGUUUCAGACCCGCCCACAAAAUCCUGAGAAUGAAACUGAUGGGAAACUGUGAAACGGUCUGUAGUGAUGGAGUGUACAGAGUUCGCAGACUCUACACAUGUUUUAAGGAGCUAUUUUCAAACAACGACUCAUUGAGCCAUAUAGGAACUUUUAUGGGAAUGACCAGAAUUACUCUUUAAUUAUUUUGUUAUGUUUGUUAUGUUAUAGUGUUAAUAGAGUUUCAGAGAGAGAGAUUCAGAGAUUCAGAGUUUUUAAGGAUUAGUAUAUUGUGUAUUGUUGAUAACCACAAAUUAUAGCUUAUGUGUUUGGUCUGGUCAUUGUUUUUUUUUAUAUCUGUUAAUUUGAAUGUUCCCUAAUUGUUUUUGCAAGUUACAACAAUAAAAUCAUGCAUUCAAAGGACAGAGAAUAGUUCUCUUCUCAUUUGUAAGUAUGUUUCUGUUUGUGUGUGUUUGUGUGUGUAACCUCUGCAGACGUUCAUCCAUGUAUCACACAUGCUAAACUGAUGCAAAGAACCUCGGUAAUGAGUUUUGUGAUUGAACACAUUUUCCUGUUGUCAGAGGGUGUAAUGGGGGAAGAAUAAAAUUUGCCUGCUGUAAUUGGCUGUGAAAGUAUCAGAAAAUCUGCAUCAGGUUUGUAAAUAACCCCACAGCCCCUCCCCCACCUGUUCUCACACACAACUUUUAAUAUAUGUUCAGACUAGGUCCCAGUGAAUGGCAGUCAGUGAGUUCGGAGACAAAGGAGAAAGAGAGGUGAGUUUCUUUAAUAGUUUUAAGGCAUUUUUAGUCAUUUAUGUUCAUUUGUGUCAUUUUUUAUCUACAAGAGGAAAGCACCAUCACAACUAUUAGAUGUGAUGUGUAUAUGAUAUUUUAUUUUGAAAAAUCCUCAAGAGUGAUUUAAUAUCUUGUCAUUGAUCAAUCCACCAGGAAGUGCAUCCUCAUAAAAUACUUGAUGCUGAUGCUGAAAACUUGACUGUGCAGGAGGUGAAUCUGUUGAAAGCUGCUGAGAUGAAAUGGUUUUAACACUGUCUCUCGGUCUCCUCUCUCUCUGCUCGUCUUCCUCGUCUGUCUGUGCCUCCUCAGACCUCAGGGUGGGUAAAUAUGUCAGUCAACCUCUCCUCUUUCGUUGAUCCUCACCUCUCCUCCUCAAACAUUUCCCUUCAUUCUGUCUUUGAAAGAUGUGCAAAGUCCAGAGCAGGCAACAUGAUCAUCACAGCCUUCUCCAUCACCAACGUCCUCCUCACCCUCCCUCUCUCCGUUGUCGUCCUCUACCUUGGAUUUCGACAGUGGAGACCACGGUGCUUCGCUUCCACUGGACCGAGGACGAGCCGUGCCGACCUCUUCACCUACAACAUGGUUGCCAUGAUGCUGAUUGAAGUCUUGGCAUCUUGUCUUUACUGUGUCGGUACAUACACUAACGUUUCAGUGAUAAUGAGCGUGGGGUAUAACACAUUCUGCAUCUGCUCAUCCAAGAAGAUACUGUUGGAAAUGUUGACCUGUGUGGAGCGCUACCUGGCUGUCGUUCAUCCAGUCACCUACCGGGGUCUGAAGAAUCAGACUGGGAUCAGGAUCAGAAAUCUCAGCACUGGGUGUGUGUGGCUGCUGUUCUUCUUAUGGUUCGGUUUAGUCCCUGUAACCAGUGAGAGCUUAAACAUGAUCGUGUCUUUCUGCUCCUUAGCCUUGGUCUUCAUUGUCAUCAGUUUUUGCAGCGUGUCUGUUCUCUGCACUCUCAGGCGCCCGGGUCCCGGGGACGAGGGUAGGAACAGGGAACGGGUAGACCACUUGAAGAGGAGGGCUUUCCACACCAUUCUGACCAUACUGGGUGGUCAGUUGUUGGCUUUAGGAGGGGUGAUGGUUUGUUUUGGUCUGUUCUUUUCAUUGCAGCUGAGACACAGCGAUGCCUGUGUGAUGAUUAUGUCUGCAGUCUGGUUCUCUCUGCCCAGCAGUCUGUUGUUACCUCUGCUGUAUCUGCACCGGGAAGGAAAACUGCCAUGUUGCACCAGCACUGAAUCAGACUGAGGACUGGACUUUAUGUGAGAAUAUCAUGAAUGUAAAUUCUGAUAACAUAAUCUGCACACAUGUUCCAUUGAUAACUGGUUACUAUAUUAUUCCCAGGAUGUGUUAGAUGAUCUUUGGUGUUGCUAGCUGUGACUGAAUGUGUUUUCGCAAGUAGGAAUAUUUCACAGUUUAAACACAUUUUGAUUUUACUUUUUGCUUGUUAAAGUUCAAUAUCACUGAUCAAGUAUAUUUACCCCAAUAAUAUAAUCCAAACAUAGCUGACUGGAUGUAGUCUGUGGGCUCAGAUGCAGUAGUGUGGCUGUAUUGAGCAGAAUUCUAUCAUUUGUGCAUGUGAUAGAGGAAUGACUAGUGAAGGGGAGAAAUCCAGUUUUCAUUAAAUAUGGUUGUUUUAACCAAGAUUAUGCUGCAAGAUGUUUGUUCCCUGUUUUUAGGUCGACCUGGAAUUUUUCAAAUUUCCUCUUUAUUCCUGUUUAUUCCUGUUGCCAGAAUUUUGAGUAGCUGUGCCAGGUGCUAAAGGUUUAGGUAGACGCAGAAGUCAACUAUGCAGGAACAUACGACUGACUGACUGUAAAAUGCCAGUUGGCAGGGGAUGUGACCAUGUCUGGGCAGCAGGGUGCGCUGUGGGUCAGUUAGAGCAAAUCAGUGAAUUUGAGUUCAGUGUGCACAGAUAAAACCAUUUUUAUUGCAUAAUUAUUUUGCAAUGUAUAAUGAAUUCACCUUAACAUGUUUAAAUAUCCUUUUUUCUUUGGAUACUAAGAAUGAUGCCACUGGUUUGAGGUCCAUUGAUGGUGUCCUGCAGACUGUGUUGGAUGUCUUGGUUGUUUAAUAUUCAAUACUGUGCAUUUAGAGAGUACACUGCACAAUGUCUGAACUGUAAAACCAAUUAGUAUGAACUAGACUGCUUAAGCUUUGUUAAAAGUUGACCUAACUAUAAUAGACAGAUAGUCUGAUUUGUCAUUGCUGACUGACCUCUCAGGUGGUAUACAGGAUUGAAUAGCUGGUUAUCAGGAGCACACAGAGGGUGACAGGCUGUGUUGUAAGAUGACUCGGGUCCAUCUGUUGUUAACAUGCUGAAGUAAGAGAUGACAUCGCAUGCAUGAUUGAUCCUCAUCAUAAUUAUUUACGAGAAAUGUUCCACUUUCCAAAUGGAAACCAGCCCCAGGUUCAUGGAUGUGGCCACAUGAGGAAAUAAUGCAAAACAGAAGUCAUGUUGAGUUUCCCAAAGGCACGUAGGACACAUACAGCAGCUACUGGCAAUGCAAAUACCACAAUAAAUCAACAUCACAGUGUGUAUAAUGAAUGCAUGAUUUGUUAUGAGUGUUGUCUGAAAGCUCAUUUAUGGUGAACCCACACAGGUGACUGAUAUUAAAGUUAAAGGGUGAGCUUCCUGUUUUCCAUUUGAUACGAGGUGUCAUUUCUCACUGUGCA